AUGAGCAGCUCUCAGCGCUGCGUGCUCGAAGACUUCACGCGCUGCUCAGAUAGUGUCCUGUGGAAAUUGAUGAUGUCGUUUUAUGAUCGUAAGGGUGUGGAGUCGUGGAGCCAAGGAAUAGUCCCACAUUUCAUCACCUGCAACGCGUUUAUUGGGCGUGCGUACGCCAAAGUUCUCUUCAGCUUUUUUCGUGAUUGUAUGCACUCGGAUGCAAAAUUACCCAUUGAUGCAUCGGAACCCCUAUAUGUUGUUGAGCUAGGGGCUGGCUCUGGUAAGUUCACCUUCUUCAUAUUGUCGGCAAUGAAGGAACUCGCUGGAAUACUUGAUCUUCCGCUGAGUCGCAUAGUCUACGUAAUGACAGAUUUUACUUGGAAUAAUUUGAAGUUUUGGAAUGAUCAUGAAAGCUUACGCCAAUAUUUUGAAUGCGGCCUGCUUGAUAUCGCAAUAUUUGACGCUGUCAAUGAUGAAUCUAUAAGACUCCAACAUUCGGGGGUCGUCAUCACUCAGGACACUCUAGGGAAUCCUAUCUGCGUUAUCGCGAAUUAUCUCUUCGACACUCUAUGCCACGAUAUCUUCCAGGUAGAAAAUGGGGAAUUGAAAGAAGGCCUAAUAUCGGUUGGUUCACGUAACGAAUAUGAACAGGAUCCACUGGAUCCUGAAAUAAUUAAAAGAUUUGACAACCAAUUCUUAUACAGAGCCAUCGAUGAUGAUUAUUAUUCUACAAGCGAGCGCGAAGAUGCCUGCCAUUUUAAGCGCAUCUUGCGAUGGUAUCGAGAUUUUUUCGGAGAAUCACCAGGCGGCGCCUCUAUUCUCCUACCAAUCGGUGCCUUGCGGGCGCUGCGGCGCUUAACUUCAUUCUCUAGUGGCCGUGCACUGGUCCUCUCCGGCGAUAAGGGAAACAACAAUCACGAGCAGCCCAAACCAGUAUUCCGUGGACUCAUGGACCCCCAUGUUGCGGUGCACGGAUCGUUUUCCGUCAUGGUUAACUAUCAUGCAAUCGGUCUUUACUGCACCAGUCGAUCUGGGUUUGUCCUCCACGACCCCCAAGAAGAGGCAUCAUUAAAAGUCUCUGUGCGAUCACUUGCAUUUCCAAACUUGUGCCGCUCAUUUUACGAUUCAAUUAUCUCGUUUGGCCCAAAUGACUUCUUUGUAAUGCAGAAAAGCAUGAAAGAGGAUUCACAGAGGCCCGCCCUAAAAGCGAUAGUUGUCCUCCUCAAGUUGAGUAACUGGGACCCUGAUGUUUUUUACAAGUUUCGUGAUGUCAUAUUACAGCAAGUGCCCACCUGCACCAUCAAAUUACGCAAUGACCUUUGUCGCAACCUGCCUCGUGUCUGGACACAGCAUUUUCUGCUAGACAAGGACAAAGAUGUCGCAUUCGAGGUCGGACGACUUUAUUAUGGGUUGAGGAUGUACCAGAAGGCCAUCCAAUUCUACCGCACAUCGAUUCAGUUUAGUGGGGAGCAUCAUGUGACGUUUCACAAUAUGGGACUUUGUCACUAUUCUCUCGACCAGCUUGAUUCAGCUAUGAAAAAUUUUAAUCGGGCGCUCCUUUUAAAAAGCGAUUAUGCCAAGGCUCGAGCGUGGCAACAGAAGCUUCUGCGAGAGCAGCACUACGAAGCGCCACUUCUUUGACUGCGUGUGCUGUUUUCGAUAAUUCUUACCAGGCCGAUUUCGAGAUGCCGUACCAGGCCGCGACUUUACCGUCGUGUGAGUUUGACCUUUAGCAGCCGACAACAUUUAGAUCCAUUCUCUACUGUUCGACAGAAAAGAAAUGCUGGACUACGAAUGAUGAUGAUGGUGCAUCGCUAAUUUAAAUAUGGUGGCUGAAAGUUGGUAUCCCCGGCGUAAUUUUGGCGACAUUCAGCAUCAAUACGUCAAAUGGGGCCUUUGCGUGGGCUUGGGGUGCCAGGCUCCACAGCCCAGCGUACAAGGGAAGGCGGCGCCAUACUUGCCCCUUGCAUGCCCGGGGAAAUUCGACAUGGCGCAAGUGGCGCGUUGGCAGAUGCCCUGGCCGCAACCCACGGGAAAUUCGACGCGUUGUAGUUUGGGCCGCGGCCGAGGCCCUGGUGCCUGGGUAAAGCCCCUUUCAAUCUCUCUCACGAGGCCCUGUGCCUGUGAGCCGCGGAACAGGGAGGAAUCGAAGGGGAGGGGUGUAAAAGAACGUAAGCUCC